UACCGGCUCUCCCCUCCUUCCCCCCCCCCCCCCCCCUCCCGCGCUCUCAGCCAUUUUAGCGGCCGGUCCAGCCGCGGGGCUCCAGUUUUCCGCCGGUAGCGCCGGGGACGAGAUUUAAUCGUCAGUGAAAAACCUCAGUCAUCGCUGUCAGAUACCUUGUGUCCACUGCUGGCUCUCAAAGGUUACUAAAAUUUUAGCAGCUGCUCUGAAACAGAACUACCUAAGCUUCGCUUACUGUUACUUCUUCCUACACCCAACUGCGCUGCUGCUUUGCUCUUGCCUGCUUCAGAACACAAUAAGAGAUUUUAUUUUUUAAAUACCUGCAAUGAAACUUAGGCUAGAAGUAUGUGCCAUUCUCUUGCUACCUGUGUACUUGGUAAUAUCUGUGUACAGUAUGCUUGUAUUUAUUCCAUGGUAUUUUCUCACCAAUGCUAAGAAGAAAAAGGCUAUGGCAAAACGUUUAAAAGCUAAACCCAUCUCGGACAAACCUGGAAGCCCCUACCGUUCUGUCACUCAUCUUGACUCACUAGCAAACAUAAACAUUCCUGGAGCAGACACGUUGGACAAGCUGUUUGACCAUGCUUUAGCAAAGUUUGGCAAGAAGGACUGUCUUGGGACUAGAGAAAUACUGAGUGAAGAAAAUGAAAUGCAACCAAAUGGAAAAGUGUUCAAAAAGUUAAUUUUAGGAACUUACAGAUGGUUAUCCUAUGAAGAAGUAAAUGAGAAAAUGAAUCGCUUGGGGAGUGGACUGACUGCCCUGGGACUCACCCCAAAGAGUACUGUUGUCAUAUUCUGUGAGACCCGAGCAGAAUGGAUGAUUGUAGCUCUAACCUGCUUCAAGUACAACUUUCCUCUUGUUACGUUGUAUGCCACCUUGGGUGAAGAGGCAGUAACCUAUGGUCUCAAUGAGUGUGGAGCAUCGUAUCUGGUCACUAGUGUAGAACUUCUUGAGAGCAAACUGAAGACUGCACUACCACAGGUCUCCUGUCUUAAACAUAUCAUUUAUGUGGACAAGAAGACUGUAAAUAAAUCGGAAUACCCUGAAAAUAUGGAGAUUCAUAGUAUGCAGACGGUAGAAGAGCUGGGAGCCAAACCAGAAAACUCAAGAGUUUUGCCAAGCAGACCUGUUCCUACAGACUUGGCUUUAGUAAUGUACACCAGUGGCUCUACUGGGAGACCUAAAGGAGUGAUGAUGAUGCAUAAAAACUUAAUAGCUGGAAUGACGGGACAGUGCGAGAGAAUACCUGGACUAGGACCCAAGGAUACUUAUAUUGGUUAUUUGCCUCUGGCCCAUGUAUUAGAAUUGACAGCAGAAAUUUCUUGCAUCACUUACGGCUGCAGGAUUGGCUAUUCCUCUCCACUCACACUAUCAGAUCAGUCAAGUAAAAUUAAGAAGGGAAGCAAAGGAGACUGUACUGUACUUAAGCCUACACUGAUGGCGGCUGUGCCUGAAAUAAUGGACAGAAUUUAUAAAAAUGUCAUGAGUAAAGUUCAAGAGAUGAACUAUAUUCAGAGAACUCUGUUCAAGAUAGGCUAUGACUACAAAUUGGAACAAAUCAAGAGGGGAUAUGAUGCGCCUCUGUGUAACGUACUAUUGUUUAAAAAAGUAAAGGCACUACUGGGAGGGAAUGUCCGUAUGAUGCUUUCUGGAGGAGCACCACUCUCACCUCAAACACAGAGAUUCAUGAACAUCUGUUUUUGCUGUCCUGUUGGUCAAGGCUAUGGACUAACAGAAACAUGUGGAGCUGGAACAAUUACAGAAGUUGCCGAUUACAGCACUGGCAGAGUUGGAGCUCCUCUUAUUUGUUGUGAAAUAAAGUUGAGAGACUGGCAAGAAGGGGGAUAUACAAAUAAAGACAAGCCUAAUCCUAGAGGAGAAAUUAUAAUUGGUGGACCUAAUGUCUCAAUGGGAUAUUUUAAAAAUGAAGAGAAGACAACAGAAGAGUUCUGCAUUGAUGAGAGCGGUCAGAGAUGGUUCUGUACAGGAGAUAUAGGGGAAUUUCAUCCGGAUGGGUGUCUGCAGAUCAUAGAUCGUAAGAAAGACUUGGUAAAGCUACAAGCAGGAGAAUAUGUAUCUCUGGGCAAAGUAGAGGCAGCACUGAAGAACUGUCCAUUGAUUGACAAUAUCUGUGCUUAUGCCAAAAGCGACCAGUCUUACGUGAUCAGUUUUGUGGUUCCUAAUCAGAAGAAGCUGACAGCAUUAGCUGAGCAGAAAGGCAUCAGUGGAACCUGGGUAGAUAUUUGUAACAAUCCUACAAUGGAAGCUGAAAUACUGCGAGAGAUUAAAGAAGUGGCAAACAAGAUGAAAUUAGAAAGGUUUGAAAUACCCAUCAAAGUACGGUUAAGCCCUGAACCAUGGACCCCAGAGACCGGGUUAGUAACAGAUGCUUUCAAGCUGAAAAGGAAAGAACUGAAAAACCAUUACCUCAAUGACAUCGAAAGAAUGUAUGGAGGCAAAUAAACAAGCUAUGCUGACCAGAGAGCUGUGCAGAUGGUUCCUUCUCAUGCCUCAGUUUUGGAUGUCUGUGUAUACUGUAGAUAUCACACAUUCAGAAAAUAUAGCAAAUGGAUGAAUGUUUCUGUAAUCUCUAUCAAGUACAACAGAGAAUAUCUUAGACUUCAAAUUCUUAAUUAUUAGCAGAUUAGACACUGAUGGUCUUCACAGUUUCACGUGAUCAUCUCCAGUUUUGAGACAGACAUCAUUAUGUGAAGCAGUAUGACGAGGUUAUUUUAUUGUUUCUCUAGCAUAUUCAGAUUGCUUGCAACUUCUCUUUAAUUCAUUCUGAAUUCUGGCCUAUAUUUCAAAGAGAAAAAUUAAUGUAACUGUGAUGAGUCUUCUGUCAGCAAGAGAGGAAAGAGUAUUUUAAGUCUACUCUUCUCCAUUUAAAAACAAAAACAAGAUGAAAACAUCAGUCAAGAACUUGCUAGAGAUCAUUAAUAAUGCACUGCUUGAGAAUGGAUGGAUUCUUCUGCACAUCAGUUAGUUUCCUGAAUAUUUACAGUGCCUAAAAAAAAAUAUAAAGUACACUUACUGAAAUAAAGGUGAACUGAAAAGCUUUCUAAAAACAAGUUAUUUGAAAUUUCAUUCAGGAGCGUUGAAUUAACUAUUUCAACUUCCAACACACCAAAUACAUUUUUACCUGCCGCUGUGUUUUAAUUCAAGCAGAGCUUUCAACUGGAACAAACAGCAUAAAGAAAAAAGACUUGCACUGCUACAGGAGGUACUGAUGAGAAAUCAUCUCCUGAAUGCAGAGUGCAAAACUUGCAUCUUGACUGGCAGACAACAGGGACAUUGAUGGGCAGUUGUCUCUAAGCAGAUUUGAAAUUCAAAGUUUUGGGUUUUUUUUUUGAGGGGUGGUUGGUAGCUUUGUUUUUAAGGCACUGAUCCUCUAGUCCUUCACAUACAUGUGAGUAAUGGUACAGGCUAUCUGUAUGGAAUUUAGAGGAUCAGGGUCUGUACUGACUUUAUGGAAAGGUAUUUCCGUUCACCUUUUAAAUGUGGUAAGCAUAACAAGGCAACCAGAAACCAACAGGAGUUUCCCCAUGUAGUCUUGUUUUACUUACAGAAAAAGUAGUUUGUGACCGAGGAACCUUUGUUUUACGGAACUUGUGGAAAAGGGACAAAUCACUCUUUACAGAAAUUCAUUACAAAAACGUUCUCUUAGUAACUGGAAGUCGUAGAUGUGAAGAAGUGGGAAGAUAUAAUUUAAUAAUAGUUCAUCAUUUGGUGUGCAGGAUCCUGUACUGUGUCUUCUUUUGAAUUGUAACUGAGCUCCCGCAUCCCUGCUCGCUCUUCACACUUGAACCAUAAAUGCUGUAAAAAGUGGAGGCUCUUGAUACUGUUCUACUUUGCACUUUCUUAAUCGUUUUAUAUAUGUUGCUUACAUUUUGUACAGCUGUGGCCCUCAACUGCUAUAUAUUACAAAUUCAUUUUAAAGUAUUUAUAGAUUUCUAUUCAUAAUAUUUGUGUUGUGUAUAUGAUGGUUAAAAAGAAAAAUUAUUUGGUAUUGUUACUGUACAGAAAGUAAAAGAUUUUGUAUGAUGCUUCUCUUGAACAUGUUAGCUUACAAUUUCAAGGCAAUUUUUUCCAUUAUUGCAUGUGUGUGUAUUUUUAUUUUUUUCCAGUUAAAACAGAUUUUGACAAAAAUAAAUCUUGGCUCUAUACUGAUUAUCUAAACUGUCCCCUCUCCUUGGGAACAACCUCAGACUUCCCCAUGCAUAAGUUCCUCCAGCCAGUCCAGAACACUGCCAGCUCAUCUUCCAAGAACCCUGAGGGGAAGGGGCAAAAGAAAAUCUGGUGUAUAAAACUGACUGUAUCUAGUUGUGCAUGGAACUACACCAACAGUCACUAAGAGGAACAAGGAAAUAGCUUUUCUAAAAAAAUAAUUAUUUUUUUUAAAGACACAUACAGUUGGUUUACGACAACAGGAAAUUCUUCCCAGAUCAGCAGCAAUUUUUUAAAUGACUCAGCCCUGGAGCCGUGUUACCAAUUUUUCCAUGUUUAAAAAUUGGUCACUAUUAAACACCCUUUAGUCAGCCUGUUAGCAUCACAGAAGUUAAAUACAUGUAAGAAAGUUACUUGUACAUGAGUCUGUUAGCAGGUUGUACGAUUUUUUUAAGACUGUGAAUGUAUUUAUAUGAAGUGUAUUUUAUCUAGACUGCAGGUACCUUCGGUGUCCUGGCUGACUGAGGAUUGCUAUUUUCAAUAUAUAUAUGCACAUACACAGCGUUAACAUUUCAAAAGUGUAAUACAGUUUAAAUGGUUCAACAAGUUUGUGUUCUGAAAGAUCUUUAUAUAUUGCA